UUGGUGCGGUGCGAUUUACCCCACCACAUCUGCUUGAAGAAGAAUUCAUCUCACGCAAGUGAUUCUGGGAAUAGAAAGCUAGGGUCAAAGAAAAGCGACAUGCGGUAAAGUGUAAAGAAGUGUCAACAGUUCGCCUCGGCCCACAUUCCUCUCCAACUCGCUAGGAGUCAGGCCGUCACGUAGUCACGAUAGUUUGUCAUUCCUUCCUUUGUUCGCGGAAAGAUCGGUUGACUCAAGUAUCCGAACGGGUUGGAGAAGGCAGGCGAUCGGGAAGGGCAAAGGGUCACUGUGAGAGCGCUAGCACCCUGUUCGAUCCUCCCAUGUGCUGAUCUAUCUCUUGUCGAACCACUCUUGUCACGCCAGCCCAGAAACUCUCUCAUGACUGUACAGACACGCAAGAGAUCCUCACCGCUGCCAAGAUGUGUCCUUUCCCGUGGAUCCUCAUGCUUUUCACCAUGUUCGUGCUGUGUUACAAGGGGAUCCUGUCCGCUGCGGUGGGCGGGCAGGCCCGCACUCCUCCCCGAGGGCUUGUCCCGGGACGCCCCGUAGACCUGACCCUGGAAGCCGAAGCACGGGGUACCCCUGUGGUGGUGGCCUGCAUGGCGAAGAUUCACGACUCCAAAGUGUUUGAUUCCCACCGGCUGUUGUCUCCGAUGUUACGGCGGAUGGCCCGGGCAGCGACCGAAGACGGGCGGGAGGAGAGGACCUAUCGUCCCGGGUAUGACGGGGGCAUAUGGCAGGUUGACUCUAGUGAUUUCAGGCAGACCUUGGAUACUAGAACCUACCCACACCUCCGGCCUAUAUGGAACAGUAUCGCGGCCAAGUUUGGUAUCCACAGGGAAGAUCUACGUUGGAAAGACCUUAGGAAACCGCUGUACUCGUCCCUGGUGGCAGGUCUGAGAAUCCUGACGGUUGAAGACGAGAUCCCGCCCAGUAUCCCUGCACAGGCUGCCUUCUGGAAGAACUACUGUAACAGUGCGCUGGACAAGAGUCCUAACCACUACGUCAUAGCAGCCCAGGAAGUAACAGGUUGCAAUGCGACAGGGCUGGACCUGGUGUUUGUGUUAGAUGGUUCAGCCAGUGUGGGUGGGGAAAACUUCCAACUGUCUAAGGACUUUGUGAACACCAUCAUACAGUCUUUCACCAUAGGACCUGAGCUAACCAGGGUGGGAGUCAUACAGUACAGUUUUUCAGUGAAUCUGGAGAUAGAACUGAAGGAUCACACGAGUGCAGCCCCCCUUAUUGAGGCCGUGGAGGAUAUAGAGUAUGAUAAAGGCCUGUUCACACACACGGGCGAAGCCCUACAGUACAUCACAACACACAGCUUUACUGUGGAGAAUGGAGCACGAGAAGUUGCCAAAGGUGUUCCCAAGGUGAGUAUACUGCUAACUGAUGGACAGUCCGGUGACUACCAUGACGUGACGGUGUGGUCUCAGCGAGCGCGGGAGUUGGGCGUCACCGUGUUUCCCGUCGGGGUGACAAACGACGUGGAUCAGGAGGAGCUGGACACCAUGGCAGGGCCUGCUGGGAAGGUUUUCAGGGUCAGAAGGUUCCGUGACCUUGAGGAGAUUGUGACAGACAUGGAGAAGUCUCUCUGUAGGGCUGUGGCCGCUGUUCCUGUUGGGACUCCUGUUACUGCUGACCUUGACAAGGAUGCUGUCCGUCACUUGUCCUUCGUUGUCCCUCAUGCUGGGAUGACCUUCAAACUGACCUUGAACAGAGGUCAGGUGGCCAUAUAUGGUUCAUCUUUGGUGACAACUCCUAAUGGAGCUAUCCACAACUUUACACUGACAUCAGGGGAUGUCUUCUUCCCUUCGGAACCAGACAGUAGUCAGGACGCCCUCACAACUGUGUAUGUGUCUGUGUACGGCCUGUCUGAUCAUAGCAGCUUUACCCUCCAUACCACUGAGGGAAACACAACAACGCCCCCCUCCCCACAGCUGCAGGGUGCUGCCCACUCUACUGCAACAUCAACAUACAAGCUGGACCCAAAGGGCAUAACCCUGUUCUGGUGCCUGUUUGCGUACCUCACAUCUACUCUGUGCUCUUACUUGAUAUAAUAUGAUCCUUAGCAGUGAACAAAUUAAAGCAAGAUGCCCAAGAAGUAGGAAUGUGUAACAGCUUAAGAAAUAUGCUGUGUUAGGAUUCCCUUCUGCUUCCAUGCAGGUCACAUAGUCAAAAGGACCAAUGGUAUUUUAAGCUUCAAGCACUGCCAGAUUCAAUAUUAUAAUAGCAUUUGUCCAUCUAUCCCUUACCCUAAGGUCAUACAUGUGUGAUAUUGUUAUAAUAGUUCCUCAGUCGUACAGAUAUUAUUGAAUCUUGGAUAAAUCUCUUAGUGUAACAAAACAUCUUGGAGCAAAUUGUUGCUUCUUCACUUCUCGACUUGCUGCUAGAAUCCUGUGUAAGAUUAAGUCAGGGCUAAGAAAGCCUUACUUAUGCUGCUAUAUCAUCUAACAAACUCGUACGGAUUGUAUCCAGAUGUCUGUUUUCACUGCCUUGAAAUUGUCAAGGAUUUGGGAAAGGGAUAGACUAUGUCUUACAAUCUUUGUGACCCAUUGUUCCUAUAGCUAGUCUAUUUAAAUAUCAAAUUUUUGUUGUGACCUUGCUUUAUCAUUUCUUUUGUUUCUUUGUAAACAUUGCUACAUUUUUUUAAAAAUCAGGGAAUUGCAACUGUCAUAAUCAGUUUAUGUUAGUGCCGUGGUCUAAAAAUUGUAUAUAUUUUUAUCAGUCAAAGCCAAGAAGGCUUUACUUGUAAAAAGUAUAUCGAAUGUAGAGAUGCUGUUUUACUGUACAUUUGUGAAAGAAAUUAUAUUUUUAUAUAAGUCAGGGCUAAGAGGGCCUUACUUAUUGUAGUACUUCAAACCUGUGUUGUUGGUGUUAUCAGUGCCAUUAAUAAUAAGUUAUCCCAGGAGUUUUAUUUAUGUUCAGUCAUGUUAGAUAAUACAUUUGUGUAUUCAAGAGUGAGAUUUGACAUGGUUGAAUGCUUCUAUAUCCUGUUUUUCUUUUACAUGUAGAUUCUUUGUACUGUUUUUUUAAACACAGGUGCAUUCUUUUCCAGUCUGUUACUCAUAGAACAAUAUCAGAACUGACCAAAUAUCUGUCAUUCACAAUAAUUAUGGGAUCACCAUAACAUUUUUCAGAUAAGUCAUGGCCAAGAAGGCCUUACUUUCUAUGCAGAAUAAUAUAUUUUUAUAAGUCAAGGCCAAGAAGGCUUUACUUAUUGUUCUGGUAACAAUUUAUAUUUGGGUUUAGGGCUGUCUGGCAUAUACAGGGUUUUUAUAGAAGUCAGGGCUAAGGUGGCCUUACUUUUAUAUGCAGUGAUUAUAUUGUGAAUGAAAAUGUUUUUGUGUAUCCAAGAGAAAAGGCAAUAUUUUUGUAAGUCAGGGCCUAAAAGGCCUUACUUAUUGCAGUAUUUUAACUCCCAGUGUGUGUGCUGGUCUUUGUGAUGUGUUGGAUAUUAGUGAAAACUUUCUGUAGUUUGAAAAACUCUGGAAUAUUUUACUUACUUCCUAUGGAAGUCAGGGCUGAGGUGGCCUUACUUUCAGUGCUUUAUUUGUACUCCAACUGGGAUCUUCCUGUGGUGUUUUCAAGAUUAUUAGACACAGAAGAGAAUUUGUAAAUUAACUCAAAAGUCAUGUAUUGUUGGUAGUACAUAGUACCAUCAAUAGUAUAAGAUUACAGAAAUUCCUUUUGAAGUGUCAGAACAUAAUACAUAAUAGACAUACCUACACUUUGUUAUGAUGUUAUGAUCAACAGCACUUGUCUGAUAAUUUGCUUCUGAGGACAGUGCAUUUUACAUAUUUACAUUUAACAUUUCUUGGCCUGCGUUUAGCCUCCUUUUCAGGCGUUCCAGGAUCGGUCGUUUUCUUUGGAUGGCUAUGUAGGGUUGGUUACCAGCCAGAGCUUGUGUUCCGUGCGAUUUACGUCUGAUCAGAAAAUCUCCAC